AUGCACAUCGAGCCUCAAAAGCUGGGCGUGACUUGGACCAACCUCACAAUCCGAGGCGUUUCUGCUGAAGUGAACGUCAAUGAGAACGUUCUGUCGCAAUUCAAUUCGUUGCAACAGUUCAAAGAAAGCCGCAGGCCGAAGCCCAUGAAAACCAUCAUCGAAAAAUCUCAUGGUCAUGUCAGCCCUGGAGAAAUGCUGCUCGUCGUCGGCAGACCUGGGGCAGGCUGUACAAGCUUGCUGAACUUGCUGUCGAAUCGAAGAGUCGGGUUUGCAGAGAUCGAGGGCAAUGUCUCGUUCGGAGCGAUGGAUCAUACCGAGGCAGAGAAAUACCGCGGCCAAAUCGUCAUGAACACUGAAGAGGAGGUCUUCUUCCCCACGCUAACGGUCCAGCAAACCAUGGACUUCGCUACCAAAAUGAAGACGCCACUUCGCUCUUCCGAAGGACAGUCACAGGACGAAUACCGGCUUGAGCAGCGCGACCGCAUCCUGGAGCUGCUUGGCAUUGAACACACAUACAAUAAUAUCGUGGGCAACGCCUUUAUUCGCGGCGUUAGCGGAGGAGAGAGAAAGCGGGUGUCCAUCGCUGAAUGCCUGGCGACCCGUGGCAGCGUUUUUUGCUGGGACAACUCUACUCGCGGUCUAGAUGCCGGCACGGCUCAUGAGUUCACCCGAUCGCUUCGAGCCCUGACGGACACAUUGGGUCUUACCACAAUCGCCACAUUCUAUCAAGCGGGCAACGGUAUCUUCGACCUAUUCGACAAAGUACUCGUUCUGGAUCAUGGCAAGCAAAUCUUCUACGGCCCGCGAAAUGAAGCGGUACCAUUCAUGAGCGAUCUAGGCUUCUACUUUAAUCCGUCUGCAAAUAUCGCAGACUGCCUCUCCGGGAUCACUGUCCCUUCCCAACGACAAAUCCGGCAAGGAUACGAAGAUCGCUUCCCACGUACAGCGGACGAGAUACGUCAGAUGUAUGAAAGGUCCGAUGUCAAAGUUCGAAUGGAGGCAGAAUACUCUUAUUCGUCCCAACCUACCACUAUAGCCUCCACUCAGACGUUUCAAGAUAACGUCGAGGCCGAGAAACACAAAACCGUUUUGAACAGUCCUGCUGUGACUAUCGCUUUCUUCGAUCAGUUGAAGAACUGUAUCGUGCGCCAGUAUCAGGUACUUUGGGGAGACAAGCCGACAUUGAUAAUCAAACAGGUCACCGUGUUUCUACAAGCUCUCAUCACUGGCUCGCUCUUUUAUAAUGCAAGUGCGGGCUCAUCUGGGCUAUUCAUCAAGAGCGGAGCGAUAUUCAUGACCAUCCUUUACCCUGCACUUCUCACCAUGGGCGAGACUUUCGAUUCCUUUACAGGACGUCCGGUCCUCGCGAAACACCGCCAGUUUGCUUUCUAUCAGCCGGCAGCAUUCUGUAUUGCACAAAUUGUUGCUGAUGUUCCGAUGAUUCUGCUACUUCUUAGCCACUUCUCGAUCGUCCUAUACUUCAUGAUCGGACUGAAAACGGCGGCUGGUGCUUUCUUCACCUUCUAUUUCGUACUGGUAAGCACAAGCAUGUGCUUUACGGCCUUUUUCCGCAUGAUAGGCGCCGCGUUUCCAACCUUCCAGUCGGCCGCCAAGGUGUCCGGAUUCACGAUUUCGGUCGUCGCUACAUAUGCCGGAUAUCUCAUUCAAAAACCAUACAUCAAGCCUUGGUUUGUGUGGAUCUACUGGAUCAACCCAAUGGCAUACGCAUUCGACGCCCUACUGUCGAACGAGUUCCAUGGCACCAUCAUUGAUUGCGAAGGCCCAAACUUGGUUCCACUAGGCCCUGCGUACACCGAAGCCACCAACCAAGCUUGUACUGGUAUGCGAGGUGCACCUCAAGGGUCUGCAUCUUUGACUGGCGACCAAUACCUCGCAAGCUUGUCCUUUGGGAGAAGCCAUAUCUGGCGCAACGUUGGCAUCCUCUGGGCUUGGUGGGUGCUUUAUGUUGCUCUUACAAUAUACUUCACUCGACGAUGGGCCACAGUUGCGAACAUGAGUCACAGUUUGCUUGUACCCCGUGAACGCCUGCCAUUGGUGCAAGAGCGAAAGUCUAGACAGGAUAUCGAGUCACAGCAGAACAUAAACGAAGCCGCAACGAAGGAGAAGCCACACGAUAUGUCACAAACGGAACAGAACGACUCCUCAUCCUCCAUUGACAAGCAGUUGCUACAAAAUAAGUCUGUCUUCACGUGGAAGAACCUGACGUACACCGUCAGCAUACCGGGAGGAGAAAUUACCCUUCUUGAUGAUGUGUAUGGAUGGGUGAAGCCGGGCAUGUUAGGCGCGCUCAUGGGUGAAUCUGGCGCUGGAAAGACCACCCUGAUGGAUGUAUUAGCGCAGCGCAAGACCGACGGUACAAUCAAGGGGUCCAUCCUCGUCGACGGAAAACCGGUGUCACUUUCCUUCCAGCGAUCUGCUGGCUACUGCGAGCAGCUUGAUGUCCAUGAACGCAUGGCUACUGUACGGGAGUCACUCGAGUUCGCCGCCUUAUUACGCCAAUCCCGCGAAAUUCCAAAAGCCGACAAGCUUCGCUAUGUUGACUCGAUCAUCGAACUACUUGAGCUCCACGAUAUCGAGCAUACUCUGAUUGGGGUACCAGGAAAUGGGCUCACAGUUGAGCAACGUAAACGAGUCACUAUUGGCGUGGAGCUCGUUGCGAAGCCCGAGAUCCUUCUCUUUCUUGACGAGCCAACAUCUGGUCUUGAUGGGCAAUCUGCCUUUGGGAUUGUGCAAUUCCUACGCAAGCUUGCUGAUAUCGGCCAAGCCGUACUUGUCGUAAUUCAUCAGCCAUCGCAGAGUCUAUUUGCUCAAUUCGACACUCUCCUUUUAUUACAAAGAGGCGGUAAGAUGAGUUACUUUGGAGACAUUGGCAAGGAUGGUUCAACUGUGAAAGAAUACUUCGCCCGACAUGGAGUACCAUGUCCAGAGUCUACUAAUCCCGCCGAGCAUAUGAUCGAUGUCGUUUCCGGGUCUCUCUCGAAGCAACAGGACUGGCACGAGGUGUGGAAAUCGUCGCCUGAACACGAACGUGCCCUGAGAUCUUUGGAUGAUAUCGUGGCAGAUGCUGCCUCCCGGGAAUCAGCCACUAGAGAUGAUGGCCAUGAAUUCGCAGCAUCUUUCAAGGACCAGGCGCUCGUCCUCAUGGGUAGGAUGAACCGUGCGCUCUAUCGAGAUACCGAAUAUGUUAACAACCGCGUCAUUCUGCACAUCUUCUCUGCGCUCUUCAACGGCUUCUCCUUCUGGAUGAUUGGCCCCUCCGUUAACGGUCUUCAGCUUCGUCUCUUCGCAAUCUACAACUUUGUAUUCGUCGCUCCUGGUGUCUUCGCGCAGCUUCAACCCCUCUUCCUCGAACGACGCGACAUGUACGAAGUCCGCGAAAAGAAGUCAAAGACGUAUAACUGGCCCGCUUUCGUCACCGCCCUUAUCGUCUCUGAGAUCCCCUACCUUAUCAUCUCAGGCAUCAUAUACUUCCUCUGCUGGUACUACACCGUAGGCUUCCCCUCAAGCACUGACAAAGCCGGUGCAACGCUCUUCAUCAUGAUUAUUUACGAAUUUCUCUACACCGGCACAGGCCAAUUUGUCGCCGCUUAUGUUCCCAACGCAAUCUUCGCCGCCGCCAUCAACCCCUCGAUCCUAGGUGUCCUCGUCUCGUUCUGUGGUGUCUUGGUGCCGUACAGCCAGAUCCCUGCGUUCUGGCGCUACUGGCUCUACUAUAUCGAUCCGUUCAACUAUCUCAUGGGCGCGAUGCUCGUCUUCACAACUUUCGAUGCUGAGGUCACGUGCGAUUCAAAUGAACUUGCCAUCUUCGACCCCGUGCCGAACCAGACGUGCGCUGAGUAUCUGACAGAGUAUACACAAGGUAUGGGAUCGCGGGCUAGGUUGCUCAACCCGGACGCAACGGCGGCGUGUGAAGUCUGUCAAUAUCGCUUCGGAGCAGACUACUUGUAUAGUCUCAACUUGAAAGAGUACUAUUACGGAUGGAGGGAUCUUGCCAUUACGGCGUUGUUCGUCAUCAGCAGUUAUGCCUUGGUGUUUGGGUUGAUGAAGUUGCGAACGAAGGCGACGAAGAAGGCGGAGGGGAGUUGAUGGCCGCGUUGUCGAUAGAUAGUUAAUAUGAGCUGCCUCGUUGAU